AUGAAGCUCUCCCCGCUCGCCAUCUUGGUCUUCGCGGGUCUUCUCUCGUCAGGAGAAGCAUGCCCUCCCUCCCCUCCAGGAGACGCUUUCACAUGCUACAGAAGAGGAGUGCGCAACAUCCCAAGGACCCGAGAAUGCUGCAGGCAGACUCAAGGCGAAUAUUAUAAAAUCGGAGGGAGAUGCCACUAUGCCCCCGACUAUAAGGAAUUAGUCUCGACGGACAAGAUUAUCACUGCUGAGGAAUGCUGCGACGCCAAGUAUUCCGCCAUUUCUGGGAAGCAUAAUGCUACGGCUAAGAAUGUUAAUGCUUAUUAA